CAUUAUAGAUUACAGCAUUGAAUUUAAUCGAAAUGCAUACCGAUUUAUCGCCACAUUUACAUACAGAAGAAUGUCAAAAAUUGAUUUUUGCGUUGAUAAAUUGUCACAAAGAAAAUCCUUUCUUAAAAUUUGUUGGUGUUUGUAACGAACAGGACUCUGAAAUGUUGAAAUGUCUAAAAGCUGAACGAAAACAAAGACAAAAGGAAAACCUUCGAAAAACCAGAGAACGUCUUAAAAGAUUACACCAAAAGGAAUUAUAGUUAAGCAAGCAUUUAAACCGUAUAAGAAUCUAAUAAAUUGUUUACCAU